CUUGAUCUAGCAAAUGCUACAGCCUGAACUAGUGAGAAGUGAGAGGGGCUUUUUUGUUUUGUGCCCGGAAGUGGUUCUUCUUUCAAUGCUUGUCACUUGGGAACCGCGAUUGAAAAUUCAGUAGUGAAAUUUUGGUGUGCAUGGAAUGGCGAAAUCAAUUCAUUCGGAAUUUGCCGAGGCCGAAGUGGGAAAGCACGUAAGCGCCCACACCCUUUCCCCUCCAACAUUGCACAUUAUGCCUCUAGGGAAAAAGCGUAAGCGAGCAAAUAACCUUGGAAAGUACUCUCAGAAGAAAUUACAUGUAGACCCAUCUCCGACUACAGAGUCAAUCCACACAAUCCCCCUAGAGCACACACAGACUGUUGGGGACGAUGUACUUCCAGAUUGGCCUGAUGCUAAUGUCAAUUCCAACUCAUAUGAUGGUGCAAACAGUGAUGCGGACAGUGACACAGACCUUGAUGAAACAAUCAACCCAGCAAUAUCCUCAAAGAAUGCAUUUUCCCAGUGCCUACACGAUACUGAGGAACAGCUUGCUCAGUUAGCCAAUAUCCAGGGAAAAAUCCCGGGCAACAAAGUCACAUAUGCUGGGACCACCAUACUGUACCAACAUGACCAACUACCUGUCACGCGUCACGCGGGCUCGCAGCUCGCAUUCCAUGACCAAGGUCGGAGGGAGCCAAAGCAACCUCAUCAGGCUCAGCCAUUUUCCCGAAAUUAG